AUGGAGCGAGGCGAGGCGUUGGCGCCGGUCACGCUGCGGGCGAGCGACACCGGGAGGGCGGACGGGACGAUCGCGCGCGCGCUGGAGCGGUGUCGACGCGCGUGCGGGGACGAAAAGUUCGCGCCGACGUGCGCGAUCGGGCUCGGGACGCUGAGCAGCGGGUGCUGGGCGUCGUGCGCGUUCGCGGAGGGCGCGUUCGGAGACCCGAGGACGCGCGCGUACGUCGUUCCGGGAGAGUGCGCGGAGGGCGGACACGACGGUGAAAGAUGGCGAGCGCCGUCGUGGACGUGUGCGAACGCGUGCGUCGCGCUGUACGAACCGGUGUGCGGGGAGAACGGGAUGACGUAUUCGAAUUCGUGCGUCGCCGAGUGCGCGGGAGUGCGAAACUUCAUCGCCGGGACGUGUCACGAUCGAGACGGUCGCACGUGA